AUGUUGCGGACUAAAUCCGAGGGAGAAACUGUCCGGCUUGAAGCCAAACUGGGCGUCGCUUAUUAUACCAGGCCGGGUUCCAAGCCACGAUGUGGAUUACCUACCUUGCUACUUGCUGACGGCGUUGUACUGCCUGUUCCAGGCAAAGAGGCCGUAUUAGCUUAUAGUUUGCAGUUGGUUCAUUCAACCAAUAACGGUACAUGCAUCUAUGAACGGAGAAUGCACCGUCAACUGUCGACGCGAAAAUGCAACAGCACCGAUGAACUGGAUAGACAGGCUAUAAACGAUAAAAUCCCGACUUCAUCGGGUUUAGACGAACAUGAUUACUAUCAGAGAAAGAAAAAGAAGACAUGGUACUAUACUACACCCGACAAAGCUGUGCAACCAAGUCAGAUGCUUGUCUUGUGUCAAGUGAUAAGUGCAUGUACCUACUACCUACCAUGGACAAUGUAUACACCCAUGACCCCGGCCUCGGACAAUAUAUUAUAUCUCCAAGGUCCGGUUAAACUCGUGUGCAUCGCGCAAAAUAUUAUACUCAGGGUGCUCAUUGGAUGGAUCCAUGCAAUCCACGUACUCCGUCGAGGAUCCCCGGACUUCUCGGUGAACCCUUGGUAG